GGCUAGAAAGGGUGGAGUUCUUUAAACUUGUCCCCUAACCCUAACCCUAACCUAACCUUUUGACGCUAAGCCUCUAGGUGAUUGACCCAUAUGUACUGCACUAACGAUUUAAAAAGUGUUUGUUAUGAGGAAUGAUGGCAGAAGAUGAUGAUGCAAAACUCAUAGCUGAAAUAGAAGCUGAACUGGAUAAAAUUAACAUUUCUUCCUUGGAGGAAAGUGACACUGAGAGUGAUUCAAAAUCAGAAACCCAGAGUGAUGAAAGUGAUACAGAGUUAGACGAAUUACCAGAGUCAGUUGUUUAUUAUAUUAACGUCCUAAAGAACAAGAGUAAAACUGUUGAAGAUAUCUUUCUUCAGGACCUGGAAGAGCCUGAUGCUUUAAGCUGUCAUUUCGGAGAAGUUUCUAAUAAUCAUAUGCGUUUAAGUAUAGAGUUACCAACUGAAUGUAAAGAAAGCCCAGGGCAAUUAAUGAAGAUGUUAUGUGAAAUAGAAAAGGAAGAAUUUAUGAGAAGUAUAGCCAGCUCGUCCAGUCCUGCCUCUGCUCCUGAGCUUGAGCCCUGCGACUUGCCUCUGGAUGAACAUGUUUUAUCAGAUGAUGCUGAUGUAAAUUUUGGAUACUGUGAAGUGGAAGAAAGAUGUAGACAAUCUUUUGAGGCUUGGCAAGACAAACAAAAAGAACUGGAACACAAAGAGAAUGAAACUCUCAAAGCUCAGAGGGAGAAAGAAGAAAAGCAAUUUCAAGAGGAGGAAGAAAAGCGACAUUGCUGGAUGAAACAAUUUGAAGUAGAAAGGAAGAUCUUAGAGAAUAUUCAAAAGCAAGAACAGGAUAAGAUGAAUGAUGAACUCCAUAAAGAAGAGACAAUUUGGGAAGAAAAAUUUAAACAACAUGAGGAGCUUAUUAGAAGCUUACAUUUACAAAUGGAAGAGGAAAGAACAAGAUUUAAAGACCUACAGGAAAAAGAAACAAUGCGUUUGUUAAAACUGCAGCAUAAUGCAGCUAUCAAAAUUCAAGCUAAGUAUAAAGCAUUUGUGGCCUACAAAAAAUAUAGCCCAAUCAUAAAAGAACAAGUUGAUAGGGGCAGGAAGAUGAAAGAGUGGAAAGAGAAGGAAGCAAAAAUACGACAGAAGGAGGAAGAAAAACGAAAAGGAUUAGAGGAAGAGCAAAGGAUAGAAGAAGAGAGAAAAAAGCGGAAACAAGAGGAAAGAAAGAGGAGACAAAAGGAAUAUGAACAAAAAAAGAACAUCCUGAGACAAGAAAGAGAACAACUAAGAAACAAGGCAAAAUUAAGAUUAAGAGAAGAUGAAAACCUACAGUUAGUAACAAUUGGUGCUUUAAAGAAGGAAUCAUGCAGUACCCAACAUCUAACUGUUGAAGAUAUUUCCAGGAAUAAGGAUAAUAUAGCCAACAAGCUAGUGGAUGAAAAUUCAAAGAAGCAGGAAAGUAUUCCCCUUUGGCUACUUGAGGACUCAAACAAGAGAGAAAAUAUAGGUGGACAGCUUGUGUUCAAAGAAUCAAUAGAAGUACACUUAAAAGAAUCUAUAUCAAACCAAGAAAUUCUGGCAGAUUUUACAAUAGAAGAAAAAAGUGAAUACCUAGCAAAAGAACAGUGUUCAGAACAAUUGGUCAAACAAGAAAUAAAACAUGAAAAUAUAAAACACGAAAAUGAAUUGGGACAACCUGAUUUAAAACACAAUGUGAAAGAACAGUUUCAGUUGCAAGAAUUAAAGUCUCAAAUACACAAAGAGGAAAGCAUGGAACAUGCCUUAAAUGAAAACGUGGGACCAGAAAUCCAAAUCCUAUUAAGACAUAACCAAGAAAUUGAAGUGAAAAACAAUGAACCACAGAAAAUAAUCAAAGAUAAUCAGCAGGAAAAGGUACAAACAAUAGAAAAAGAGCUACAGGAGCAGAAUGGAUCAUUAUACAAAGAGAAUAAUACUUCAAUUAUUUCAAUGAAACAAAACCCACUCCCACUAAAAUUAGAAAAUGUUAAAGACAUAGUAGAGAAUGUAACACCACAAGAAAAAGAAAUUGAUUUAAAAUCCAAAGAAAGUGGACAGAACCCAAUAGACAACACUCUGAACUGUGACACUGCGAUUUUUAAUACUAUUAAUGCUGUGAUAAAGAAAGAGAGCAAAGGAAACAAGCAAGACUGUAUUUUAAGGGAACAAGCUUCUUAUGAAAACUUUGGUAGCUGUGUGGCAAAAAACUCCAUGGUUUCUAAAGAAGUAAACUCUCUUAAGGCUGAGAUUAAGGAAAUUUUAGAAGAAUGCCAUGAAAAAAGAGCUGAACAUGAAAAUAGCAUGACCUGCCCUAUAACAAUGUCUAUGUUGCUAUCCACUGUCAAAGAAAAAAGGCUUGCUUGGAUAAAAUCAUUUAAACCUUGGUGUGAAAUUUUCAAGCAACAUAAACAAAAGAAAAUCUUUGGAAGAAAGAGACACGUGAAAUGCCUAGCUGACAGGAUGCCCCCUUUGAAUACACUGGAAAUUCUUCAGUGUGGCCCUUGGAAUACUUUACAACAGGUUACUACAGUUACAUUUCAAGAUUUGCCCGGUUGUAGUCUUUCUACAUUGGCAGAGUGUACGAAUCUUCAGUUUCUUUCUCUUCAACGCUGUGGAUUAAAGUCUUUACACAGCCUGAAUAACUGCAAAAAACUUAAGUACAUUGAUGCACAGGAAAACCAUAUUGAGACCAUCAGCUGUGAAAAUUUGGAAAAUCUCUGUGUUGUUGUUCUUAAUAAAAAUCAACUGACUUCUCUUCAUGGUUUGGAUGGCUGCAUUAAUAUUCAAAAUAUUGAACUUUCAUAUAAUAAAAUCACUCGAAUUGGUGGUUUAGAAUCUUUGAAAAAUCUUCAGCAACUAAUUGUGGACCACAAUCAGUUAAUAAGUACAAAAGGUCUUUGUGAUACCCCUACUAUUAUAUAUCUAGAUUGCUCACAUAAUCAUCUUACUGAAAUUGAAGGCAUUGAAAAUUGUGGAUUGCUUCAAAUACUGAAGUUACAGGGAAAUUAUCUAAGUGAGCUUCCACUCCUGAAGAAUCAUGUUCUGCUAAGAGAACUAUACUUGGAUGAUAACAGCAUUUCAACUGUGGAAGCAUUUUCUUCAUAUUGGCUGCCUUUACUACAAAAUCUUACUAUCUCUCAAAACAGCUUGACAAACAUUGUGCCACUUUUUCAUUUUGUUUCUCUGGAAAAACUAGAUGUCAGCAACAAUUGUCUUUCUGAUCUCACAAGUGCCGAAGCGUGGCUCAAUGCGUGCUGCUCUCUCCGUGAAUUGUCUCUAACAGGAAACCCACUUCUUCGAGAAAUAAACUGGAGGCAUUCUCUACUUAAAAUGCUACCUGCUCUAAGAGUCCUCAAUGGUGAUAAGCUGAACCCUUAUUCAGAAGACCACACUGAAGAACACUAUCAAUCAGAAUUAGCACCUUUCCUAACACUUUGUCAGUCCCAGAUUCAAGAAUUCAACUUACUAAUUGAAAACUAUAUCACUGGAAAAGGAAAUGUAUCCACGUUGGAUAUGGCAGAAAAUCUCUGUGAUUAUUUUAAGAAAUUGAUGACACUUAGUAAUGAAUGCCGACAUGCACAUGAACAUGAGAAUGUCAGUAUAACCAAAAGAGAAGAGUCAGAAGCCCAGCAAAACUCCGGCAAUGACAGCAUUCUGCCCAGUAGACUCUUCUCUAAGGCAAAGGAAGAUACGUGGGACUCAUCUGAUAUUUCUGAAAAAUGGAUGAACUCUGGCUCCAGUUAUUCUGCAUUGCACAGCUUCUCCACAUGUGAAGGUUUGGAAGGAAGAAAUCAAGAAAAAUUAGUAACCCAGAAGAGAGAUGACAGCAAAGUAAGCAGUAUUCCCACCAAAAGAAUCCCUUUUAUGGAAACAAUAAUGGCAAAUUCCCUGCUAAAGAAUCACCAAAAUGCUGAACAUAGUGAGAAAAUGACAGCAGCUGUGAUGAUCCAGUCUUACUGGCGUGGUUACACUGUACGCAGAAAGAUUCCGUUCUCCACAAGGCUACAUACUGCCAGAAAAGGACCCCUGACAAAUCUGUGCAUCACGAAUCAGACCGUUUUAAAGAAAUUAAAAAGAGAUAAUGUUGUGAAUGUCCAAGACCAGAGAGAGAAGUCUGCUAUUCUUAUUCAGGCUGUUUGGAAGGGCUUUAUUUUGCGAAAGAAACUGACAACAGCUCUAGAGGCUAUUAAAGAUGAAGAAUCUGAAGAAGAAUAUGAAGAAAUAGAUUUAAAGGAUUUUACAUUUGAUGAAGCUGCCUUAGAGAAAGAAUGGCUAGAUUUAGAUUCCUCCCGCUUCCCUUCACAAACACUGCUUCUCUCAAACCAGCUGCACUGGCCAAAGAUCUCUGGAAACUUAAAAUAUGAUGAUAUUUCACCUGAUUUGCCAAGUCAUCCAGCUCAAGCAUGGCUAUGUAAUGAGAAAGAAAAUGUGUUUUCAUCAGAACACACACAAUUUAAUAGCAGAUCAGAGAAUAGAACUUUAUCCUUGACACCUGAAUCAAAGACCAGCAGAAAGACUUUGCUAAAAUCUGAAAAAGAAGAAAAAAUUUCAGAAGAAUGGGGCUUUAAGGAUAUUUCUACUGCCCAACAAAUGCUGAAGAGGGCACAAAAAAUGAAAUCAAAGAAAUUAAAGAAAAAAUUAGACCCUACUGUGCGCCUAGCGUUAUUCAAAAACAGUGAACGUAAAGUUUCUGUUAAAAAAUCACCGAAGAAGGAAGAGCCCAGAAGAGAUGGUUGCUAUGAAGAGACCUACGAGAACCUUGGAACUGACCUGGAUUUGGAUACUCAUAUAAGUAGCCUCACCUCCCAGGCAGGUAUGGGAGAAGACUUUAUCUACAAGGAUCCCACUACAAAUGAAAAAUUAGAGAGGAGUAAAGAAUAUACAUACCAGUGGCUUCACACGCAGGUUGGGGUUCAUGAAACAACUAGUUCCAGAAAAGUGAAAUGCAAUCGCUUCUUGCCUGAGUUAGAUCCAGACGUACUUAAUGGUGGAAGAGUUCAGCUUGUGGCAAGGCUUGUAAGCAGAGAAGACACGGAUUUAGCCUUUUCUUCCAUGACCAGUGGAAGUGCUUUGUCUGUGAACAGAGGGGAAAAAAAUGAGGCACACAGAUACUCAGCAGGAUCUUCAAUGAACUAUGGCAUCACUAAAGUAGAAGGACAAGCCCUUCACACGGAACUGAACAGAGCUAUGGACAACUGUAACAGUCUCCGAAUGUCCCCUGUGAAAGGGAUUCAAGAGAAGGGAGAACUGGAUGAACUUGGGGAUAAAUGUGACAGCAACGUAUCCAGCAGUAAGAAGCGGAGACACCGAACUACUUUCACCAGUUUGCAGCUGGAGGAGCUGGAGAAGGUCUUCCAGAAAACCCAUUACCCAGAUGUCUAUGUCAGAGAACAGCUGGCUCUGAGGACAGAGCUCACCGAGGCCCGGGUCCAGGUCUGGUUUCAAAAUCGAAGGGCCAAGUGGAGAAAAAGGGAACGUUACGGUCAAAUACAACAAGCUAAAAGCCAUUUUGCUGCCACCUAUGACAUAUCAGUUUUACCAAGGACUGACAGCUACCCACAGAUUCAGAACAAUUUGUGGGCAGGAAAUGCAAGUGGUGGCUCUGUGGUUACCUCGUGCAUGUUACCACGUGACACUUCCUCCUGUAUGACACCUUAUCCUCACUCGCCUCGGACAGAUUCCAGUUACACAGGGUUUUCAAACCACCAGAACCAAUUCAGCCACGUGCCCCUCAACAAUUUUUUCACUGACUCUCUUCUUUCUGGGGCUACCAAUGGACAUGCAUUUGAAACAAAGCCAGAGUUUGAAAGGAGGUCUUCCAGUAUUGCCGUUCUUCGAAUGAAAGCCAAGGAGCACACCGCCAAUAUUUCAUGGGCCAUGUAACAUACAGUACUCUUUUGUUUUUCUCUUAAUAGCAAAGUAAAACGUUCUUAUUUUUCAUAUUUAAAGGAUGCCACAAUAAGCUGCUGUGUGUGGAAUUGCUAAAGGUCAAGAUAUUCAGUGAGAGCAGCUUAAAUGAAUAGUUGUUAUUUAACAUUAAAAUCUAAGAAUGAACCUCUGAAAAAACAAAAUAGGUUUACCAUGCACCCGACUCCACAGAGCUGUUUUAGUAGUAAGAUUUUUUUUCUAUCAUACAAGUGAAUGAAAUAUGAUCGUGCAACUUCUUCAAAGAAUAAAUGUAUUAAACAAA